AUGAUGCGGAAAACGCCCAUAUAUGCCUUGGCCGCCACGCGUAAGGCGCUGGUUGGCAACGGCCCCACAUUCUCAACUGGUGGUGAGUGCAACAAUACGUGUGAUAUUCAAAAUGUCUUUCCAGUGAAUGAACGCGGUAUUCGUUCCUCUUCUCCUUUUCAUGAGCCCAACACGGCCAUUUAUGAUUCCUACCUCUCAUGGACGUACUUUCAGCCGAUGGAUGUGAAGAUUGAAAAGCUACCGGCUCCUGAGGCGAAGUACUAUCAGCGACACACGAAGAAGCCAUGGGAUAUUUCCACAACGGAGCUUAUUGAGAUUCAAUCUCGUAAGAAGUACUUCCAAGUUUGGGGUUACCUCGUGGCCUUCAUUUACUUAUACUUCUUAAUGCCAAAGGAGAAGUCCUUCAGCGGAUUGCAUGGACCUGAUGGACACUGGAUCAUGUUGCCGAAGGCCAGACCGGAACUGUUCUAG